GACAUAGCCAUGCAGCUUCCACCGAACAAGGAUGCCGAAAGAGAGGCAUAUACGGUUACUAUGACACUGUUUAUCGGAUAUAUAGUUUAGGCAUAAUGUCAUUGUUUCAUCCAUCUGUAACAAUGUUUUGACAACCGGUUAAUUUGCACCUCAUUGUCCCUCCCGUUUUGCUCGGGAACGACCCGCCUGUGUCGUCUAACUCUGCAAGAGGAAGCUGUUUUUCCACCUCACAGAUGCUCGGAGUCGUAGAUCUUGUUUGUUUCACCGGGUUUUCCUCCCGUCGAGUGUACAGGCAUGACGGACAGUAACGCCGCUGCUCAUGUUAUAGGCAGCAGCAGCAGCAUCUCAUGCACAGUGCCGCAUCAACAACCCCACCACCGGGUCCCCCUGCCGGCGCCCCGGUGUCCGCCGGUCCCCCGACGCCUGUUGUGACAUGACAGCUCGGGGCAGAAAGAAGAGGAUCAAAGGUUAUUGGCAGGGGUUCAAGCAGGAGCGAAGACGGGUUAGAUCCUUGAGGAGAGCAGAAGCAGACAGUUUAAAAGGAGGAGAUACAAUCAUACAUGUGUCAAAAUCUACUCCAUUACGGUGUUUCUCUUGCGGCUCCAGAGGGGUCAGAAGACGGGGUUUAGACACGGAGCAGCGCCCCUGGAGCCCGUUGAUGUGCCCAUACAUCAGCAAGGCACAGGGGCAGUGAACCCAUCUCCCUGAAACCUUUCUGAUUCGGGCCUACAGUGUGGUAGUAGCACCCACCUUUGCCUUACAGUUUCAUCUGAUGCACGGCCUCAUAGUGUUGAUACUGGUCGAUUCCCAGUCUGCAGCGCGGUUCCCCAUCAGGCCCGGCCGGCUCACCUGGCUGCUCCUGACCCUCACCUUCACCUGCACCGCCAUGGGCUGCAUCCAGAGCAUCGCCUGUAACAAGUCUCGCAUCAAACGGGAGAACAUCGUGGUGUACGAUCUGUCCGCCACCAUAGACCACUGCCCGACUGUCAUCGAGGAGAACUCGCCUAUAGUGCUCCGGUACAAGACGCCCUAUUUCAAAGCCUCGGCAAGAAUAGUGAUGCCCCCCAUUCCGCGAAAUGAGACAUGGGUGGUGGGCUGGAUCCAGGCGUGCACACAGAUGGAGUUUUACAACACCUAUGGAGACGUGGGCGUGGGCAACUCUGCCUCCCUGUGGUGA